AUGCUUCAAUUCCUGCUCUUCACCUGCCUUCUCACCACAGUAACACUGGGGUCACCAACGGCCCUAGAUCCUUGUUCUGCUUACAUCAGUCUGAAUGAGCCGUGGAGGAACACUGACCACCAAUUUGAUGAGUCUCAAGGUUCCCCUCUGUGUGACAACAAUGUGGAUGGGGAGUGGUACCGCUUCACAGGCAUGGCAGGGGAUGCCAUGCCCACCUUCUGCAUACCAGAUAACCACUGCGGAACCCAUGCACCUGUCUGGCUCAAUGGCAGCCACCCUCUGGAAGGCGAUGGCAUUGUGCAACGCCAGGCCUGUGCGAGCUUCAGUGGGAACUGCUGCCUCUGGAACACCACGGUGGAGGUCAAGGCUUGCCCUGGAGGCUACUAUGUGUAUCGUCUGGCCAAGCCCAGCGUCUGCUUUCACGUCUACUGUGGUCAUUUUUAUGACAUCUGUGAUGAGGACUGCCACGGCAGCUGCCUGGAUACCAGUGGGUGCACGUGCUCUCCAGGAACCAUGCUAGGCCCCGACAGACAGACAUGCUUUGAUGAAAAUGAAUGUGAACAAAACAAUGGUGGCUGCAGUGAGAUCUGUGUAAACCUCAAAAAUUCAUAUCGCUGUGAGUGUGGGGUUGGCCGUGUGCUAAGAAGUGAUGGCAAGACAUGUGAAGACAUUGAAGGAUGCCACAAUAACAAUGGCGGCUGCAGCCAUUCUUGCCUUAUGUCUGAGAAGGGCUAUCAGUGUGAAUGUCCCCGGGGCUUGGUGCUGUCUGAGGAUAACCACACUUGCCAAGUCCCCGUGUUCUGCAAAUCGAACACCAUUGAAGUGAGCAUCCCCAGGGACCUGGUCGGCGGUCUGGAGCUCUUCCUAACCAACACCUCCUGCCGAGGCGUGUCCAAUGGCACCCACGUCAACAUCCUCUUCUCCCUCAAGACAUGUGGCACAGUGGUCGAUGUGGUGAACGACAAAAUCGUGGCUAGCAACCUUGUGACAGGUCUACCCAAGCAGACCCCAGGGAGCAGCGGGGACAUCAUCAUCCGAACCAGCAAACUGCUGAUCCCUGUGACGUGUGAGUUCCCGCGCCUGUACACCAUUUCCGAAGGCUACGUUCCCAACCUUCGCAACACCCCGCUGGAAAUCAUGAGCCGCAGUCACGGAAUAUUCCCUUUCACUCUGGAGAUCUUCAAGGACCAUGAGUUCGAAGAGCCCUACCGGGAAGCUCUGCCCACCCUCAAGCUGCGAGACUCCCUCUACUUUGGCAUUGAGCCCCUGGUGCACGUGAAUGGCUUAGAGAGCCUUGUGGAGAGCUGCUUUGCCACCCCUACGUCCAAGAUUGACGAGAUCCUGAAAUACUACCUCAUCCGGGAUGGCUGUGUUUCAGAUGACUCAGUAAAGCAGUACACAUCACGGGAUCACCUCGCAAAGCACUUCCAGGUCCCUGUCUUCAAGUUUGUGGGCAAAGACCACAAGGAAGUGUUCCUGCACUGCCGGGUCCUUGUCUGCGGGAUGCUGGAUGAGCGUUCCCGCUGUGCCCAGGGCUGCCACCGGCGAAUGCGUCGUGAGGCAGUAGGAGGAGAGAAUGACAGUGGUCCAGAGAGCCAGAUGUUGACAGGCGGCCCCAUCAGCAUCGACUGGGAGGACUAG